AUGGAGUUCUUCUCAGCAUUAUGGAAGCAAAUCCAGCACAUAUCAGAGUCAGUGUUUAUGGGUAUGUGUCUCAUAGCUGGGACCUCACAGCAGGUGGCUAUUAGGAGAGAAACAAACGACAUCAUGGAAAUGGAGUUAAUACUUGUUAAACCGUAUGAGGAACCACAGAAAAUGCUAAGUGGAAGUAAAAAAGAAGGAUUUAGGAUGAAAGGAUCGGAUUGGGACACAAUGGUAUGGUUGAACGACCAUAGGGUGAUCUGGAAUAUGUCUCAGAGUCACCUUUAUAACACUGACAAUACAAUCCUGAUUCUCUCUCAAAGUUCGGAAAGCCCCCCGGGAUAUACUUUGCUUCAGCAAAUGUCACUGACCAAUAACCUGGUCGUCCAUACUGCACAUGUCAGAAUAAAUGAUGGACUGUAUAUAUCAAGUUCUAAAUAUAAACAAUUAAUAUGUUAUUUUCAGCAUUCUGAUACUACUUUACAUGGUCCAUGUGUUAGAUCUGGUUUAGCAGGAGAAGAAUAUGAUACUGCUAAUUGUUUUGUUUCUGACUUUUGGCCUCCGUCUGCCUCCUCAUGGAUAGACAGAUGUCAAAAAUGGCCCGAUGCUAUGGUUGUUGAAGACAUAGUCAGAAAUGGAUGUCAUUUUGUAGCAAUAGGACACCCAUUAGGACUCCAUGAAAAUGAUGAAUGGAGAAUAUCAUUUUCUCAGGCAGAAUUUAAAAUUGUGUACUCAAUGAAUCAUUGUCAGUUUUUGACUUAUGGUUUGUUAAAACUGUUUUUGAAAGAAGUUAUUAAUCAUCAGCCAAACGAGACAAAUGAACUUUUGUGUUCCUACCAUAUGAAGACAACAGUCUUCUGGGCGAUUCAACAAAACACUUUACCUCACUGGUGUCCACAGAAUCUCCUGGUCGGUUUUUGGGUCUGCAUUAAACUUCUUCUUAAAUGGGUGUAUGAAGGGUUCUGUCCAAACUUUUUUAUCCCACAAAACAACCUGUUUCUGACAAAGGUCUAUGGCUCAGCACAAAACAGAUUGUUCUUACAAUUACAUGAAUUGUACAACGAAGGUCUGGCCUGUCUGUUACAGAGCUCCUCUAUCAGGUCCUACAUCAUUGAUGUACUUUACAAUCCUAGACUUUAUAUUUAUACAGAUGAAAAUAUUAUUAGAUCUGAAGUUGACAACGAUUUAGAACUUUUCUUUGAGAUAAAUUGUUUAAGUGAUAUUAAAUCACCAGACAUUUAUCGCUGUAUGAAACAUAUUAAAACGAUAGAGCACUUGACAUAUCUUCCCUUAUCUCAAUAUGAGUCUGUUAUGCUACAAAAACACACGGUCUUCACUCUUCAACACACUGCGUUUGUUAUACAUAACGCAGAUGUCAACAAAAGGGUGUAUAUUUCUGGCAAAAUGUCUAGUCAUAUGCUACAACUAGCAGCCAAGUUUGGAGAUAUCGCUGACAUGUUUUACAUCGCCAUUUAUUUUUACAAGACGCUCCGAUACAUGGAAGCUUUAUCUGUUAUAGAGAUGACAAAGGUCAAGUUAGCACGGCCAUAUCUGAUGUAUAGAAGACACGUAGAUCGAGAAUGGUAUAUGGAGGCUGUAGGGGGACAGUCCUGGUCUACAAAAAUGAGACAGGCUGUAGCACGGGAUAUAAGACUAUACAAUAAUAUAUGUUAUAUCAAUGAACUCAUGCACGAACAGCAUUCUUCUCUUGAGAAUGGAUCUUCACUAUUGCAUAUUCCGUUGUUUGUAUUUUUGCACUUUUUAGAGUUCUUGUGUUACAAAAACAUUGAAUCAACAACAGCGCAGACAACCCUUAAUGAGUUACAGGCCCUUGUCCACCAUGAUCAGGGACUAUAUGUAUGCGAUAGAUACCGAGACAUUUCUUGGCAAAUCCUAGGGAGAUGUCAUCAGAUUAUAGGAAAUUUUUCGGAUGCUCAUUAUUCAUACGAACAGUCACUCGCACAGUAUCCAUUCAACGGAAUUCAAGUUGCUACACUGAUGAAAAUACAAGAAAUCAGUUAGACCAAGAUCACAUUGGUACAAACACUUACUACAAACUCUAUUUUAGUCUAUAUUACUGAAAUGUUGCCAUGCAUCAUGUCCAGUGUGUCAUGUUUAAAGAAAAGUAAAACUUUAUUGUCUAUACCAUGGGGAUGUGAUUGACAUUAUAUACCAAAUUAAUAAAUUAAAAUAAUGUCUUUGUAAAAAUGAUGACUGUCUAAU